AUGACCCUUAGAAGCUUCAGUCUCCGCAUCUUCCAGCACUGUCCGCUGUUGGCACCGUUUUCGGUCGAGAACCACACCAAAGCUUUCGAAGAGUUCUUGCAGUACAAGACGAGAGUACCUGUGAGGGGAGCCAUCCUGCUCAAUGAGGCAAUGGAUUCGACCAUCCUGGUCAAAGGUUGGAAGAAGGGAGCAAACUGGAGUUUCCCUCGUGGAAAGAUCAACAAGGAUGAGGAUGAUCUCGAAUGCGCCGUUCGCGAGGUCUACGAAGAGACUGGUUACGACCUGCAUGCCGCCGGCUUGGUUCCCGAGAACCGAGACGACGUCAAGUAUAUUGAGGUCACCAUGAGAGAGCAACAACUGAGGCUCUACGUUUUCCGCGACGUGCCAAUGGACACCCAUUUCCAGCCGCGGACAAGGAAAGAGAUUAGCAAGAUUCAGUGGUACAAGCUCUCUGAGCUUCCUGCGUUCCGGAAGAAGGGAAACCAGCCCCAGAACGAUGCCGCAGCGGCAGCCAACGCCAAUAAGUUCUACAUGAAAUGGGUUGUUCAACAGAAGAGGAAGGACGCCGUCAAGGCUGCCAACGAGGCGCACUUCAACCCCUACUCGCUUCACGAGGAGCCUGUCACCGAGGACGAUGUCUGGCAGACGGAGGCUGCCACUGAUGUUUCGAACCGAACACCGGGUAUCGACACCCUCGAGGGUGCAACGCAGGAACUGCAACGUCUUUUGAAGGUCCAACCAACAGCCGCGCAGGCAACCUCGAAGCCUUCAUCUCCGGAUGUCGGGUCGGAUAAGGGCGCGUCGUUGCUCGCCAUCCUGCAGGCCAAGAACCAGGCCGCUGCUCAAGGAGUCCCAAUUUCUCAACUUCCUCAUACACCUCUUGAUUAUACCAUGAGAGAGGCGCCGCAACCGCACAGCCCUCACGGCCAACACCACCCCCAGCAACGGGCACCGCUGGCAAGCUACCAGGCCCCACCAGGCUUCCCCGUCCUGCCAGACGGAACACCGCAGUCGUGGGCGUUCAAUCAGCCUGGCAAACCCGUCCCGGUUCCCCCUCAAGCAAGGCAUCACGAACCGUCGAUGAUGGGUGCCCCUGCGUAUAUGCCACAGCCGCCAUUGAGGCAUCCGCAACCUCUGCCUCCUCAGGUUCAACAGACUCUCUUGGGCAGGGGCGGGUUCGCCGAAACCACCCCACCACCGCCUCCUAAGCAUGCGCAGGGGACUGUCAACCAGUCCAUGGCUAAUGCACAAUUCCAGCAAGCGCACCCUCAACAGCAAAACCAGAACCUUUUUUAUCAAACCAAGCCGCCUAACGGCCAACUUUCCAAUCACUCAAUGGCACUGUUGGGGGUUCUCAAGUCGGACACCAAACCGGACGGCCCAGACAGCGCGCAUCACGCCAGCCCUCAACCAUUAGGGUCCACACCUUCGGGACAUGGUCACCCAUUCAGCGGCGGCCAUGGGUAUGGAGGCGCUCAGGUGUACGGGCAACCGCCUGGCGUGCCAGUUUCAAGUGCGGGCGCACCACAACAUCAACCCAACCCAGGUGUAAACUCGCGCGUUCAGCAGCCCAGCGACCCAGCACACAGGUCUACUCUUCUACAGAUGUUCAAGAAGCCUGAAAUCGGCUCGCCGCCUGCAAACCAGCCCGCUGAGCUGCCUGCAAAUACUGCAAGCGCCGCUCUUAUGAAGGGAAUAUCGACAGUCAAAGCCGCCAAUCAGGGCACCCUUAGCCCUGUCUUCCAGAACCGUGGUGCUCAGCCAGCUUCGAGCAGCCCUCUUAGCAGACCCCCUCAGGGGAUCUCGGAUCUUACCUCACAAGUCCCUAUCCAAUCUCUCUCACUUCAGCCCCAGGCUGGGGGACAUGAACACCGGAGCCCUCAAUCUAUUGGGGAUAUAGCCCAAGAAUCGCAGACAACAGGGUUCCGUAUUACCAAGGCAUGA